AAGUCAAAGCGCAAAAUGGCGGCCGAGGGGCUGUUCAACCGGGCGCUCAGCGUGCGGCUGCGGGGCCCUGGCUGCCAGGAGAGGAGAUUAGAUGUCCGAGUGAAUAUUGAGCUGCUGUCAAUUUCUAAUCCUGUUCACAGAAAGGAUUUAGCUGUUCGCUUGACUAAUGAUGCUGACCCUUUUUUCCUUUAUAAUCUUGUCAUAUCUGAGGAAGACUUUCAAAGCUUGAAAUCCCAGCAAGGUCUCUUGGUAGACUUCUCUGCUUUCCCACAAAAAUUUAUAGAUCUGCUUCAACAAUGCAUUCACGAACAGAACAAAGAUAUCCCAAGGUUUUUGCUGCAGUUAGUUUCUUCAACAUCUGAUCUAGAUCACACUCCUGUCUCUUUAAAUAUUGUGGAGACCAACCCUUUUAAGCACCUUACCCAUCUCUCUCUAAAAUUCCUACCAGGAAAUGAUGCAGAAAUAAAGAAAUUUUUAGCCAACUGCUUGAAAUGCCUUAAGGAAGACAAAAUGAUUUUGGAAGAAAAACUUAAAAAAACUGAAGAGGAUCUGACCCGACAACUGAGUUAUACUCAACAGAGCUUGUCAGAGAAGAGCCGGGAACUAGACAAACUGAAAAAUGAAUGGACAUCAUACACUGCAGCUCUGACAAACAAACACACGCAGGAGUUGACAAAUGAGAAGGAAAGAACUCUCCAGGCACAAGCUCAGUACCAACAACAGCAUGAACAACAGAAAAAGGAAUUGGAAAGUUUGCAUCAGAAAAGUAUUCAACAGUUGCAGAACAGACUCUCAGAACUUGAGGUUAUCAAUAAAGAUCUAACAGAAAGGAGAUACAAAGGAGACUCCACAGUCAGAGAACUGAAAGCAAAGCUAUCUGGAGUAGAUGAUGAAUGUCAAAGAGCAAAGCAGGAGGUGCUGUCACUGCGGCGGGAGAACACUACUCUGGAUGCUGAAUGUCAUGAAAAAGAGAAACUCAUUAAUCAGUUACAGACACGGGUUGCUGUCCUGGAACAAGAGAUCAAAGAUAAAGAUCAACUGGUUGUUAGAACCAAAGAAGUAUUAGAUGCAACACAAGAACAAAAGGUGAUACUGGAAGAGAAUACAGAAAAAAAACAAAGUCAUAUUGAAAAACUUGAGACAACAAUUAGGUCACUGUCAUCUGAACUUCUUAAGGCUAAUGAAAUUAUCAAGAAGUUACAAGGAGAUUUGAAAACCUUAAUGAGUAAAUUAAAAUUGAAAAAUACAGUAACGAUUCAACAAGAAAAACUAUUAGCAGAAAAAGAAGAGAGACUUCAAAAAGAGCAGAGAGAAUUGCAGGAGACUGGACAAUCUCUUCGAAUGAAAGAGCAGGAGGUUUGCAAGUUACAAGAACAACUUGAAGCUACAAUACAGAAACUGGAAGAAAGUAAGCAGUUACUGAAAACCAAUGAAAAUGUAAUCACAUGGUUAAACAAACAGCUGAAUGAAGUUCAGAUGACAAAGAAGAUGGAUACUCCUACCAGCACGCAUAGUGGUGCUAGGACUGCAAUUUCACCUCAUGGCAUGCUUGACCGACCAUCCUUUCCUAGCCUAGGAAUCAAUCAUCCCUUUUCUCCCCUGUAUGCCUUCCAGAAGUUUCCAGAACAAGCACGUAACAAAAAUAUCAAUCCGCAAUGUCCAGUACCAAAGAUUCAAUUUAACACGCAGCUUUCAAAAAUGGAUCAACAUUCAGAUGUUCAGACAGUGACUGCUACAACUAGUCAUCCAGCAAAUAAGGAGAAUGGUGAGAAUUUGGGGCUGGAAUCAAAGUAUUUCAAGAAAAAAGAUGACAGCAUUCCUUUACGAGGGCUUAGUCAAAAUACACUAAACUCAGAGUACUUGAAACCCUACUUACCAACAAAAGUCCAACCAUUACCAACAGCUGCAGUAACAACAGCCUCAGCUUAUUUUCCUGGAUAGCAGACAGGAUGCUUAAGAACUUUCUCUUAACUGUUUGGGGAAUUUGGAGAUGUCCUGUAUUAACAACAUACUCGUAAAGCAUCAGUAUGAAAUGACAAGGUGACGUCUGGAUCUGUUUUCUUUGAGAAAGAUAUCUUGACGUAUACGGAUGACUUUUUAGGAUAGUUAAGCCAAUUCAGAAAAGAUAAAGCUUUAAGGGGCCUCAGCCUUAAUGGUAACCCACUGUAGGUAAGUCACUGAAUUAAGCGCUGAAUUUUCUCCUGGUAUUUGAGAACUUUGUCUUCCUGAAAAUGCACAGAAGUGCACUGACAUCUUUGUUAUAGGAAUUGACAAGUAUGGCUCCGUAACAGAUGAUGUGUAUUCUCUGGUAUUCCCCAAUAUGGAACAGUUUUCCAUAUGACUUUUCUUUACUUCUUUCAGAGAAAGGGUGUUGCACAUAAUUUCCAGCACUUCCCUGGUUGUGCUGUUAACUUUACUAAUGGUCAAGCUUGUAAGUUAGCAUGACUUUUUUCCCCUUUCAGGUUUAUUUUUGAAAACUUGAUCAAUUUGGGAACCAGCUUAUUUGAAUUGCAUACAGGUUUACAAAUACUGUAACUAAUACUAAGAUCCUGAAUGAUUCCACUGAAGGUAUAAAAGUAUGGUUUAAAAAUGUCAUUUGGUGUUGCCCUAAUGUCUGUUUUCUGUCAGUACUACAGCCCCCAGGCCACUGCACAUAAAAUGCUAUAAAGCAAUUUAUCUGAACUAUUGAAAUUAGCACAACAUCUAAAAGCUAUUUUGUAUUUACUAAUUGUAUUUUACAACUAUAACACCGUACAGAAACUGAGGAUAUUCUAACAUUCAAAUUUAGUUCGAGUCUAUUCAGCAAAUUCUAUUACCUGUGCUCAAAUGCUAGAAUCAUGUUACAACUUCAUUUGGUGCAAUUUUUCACUUGGUGUCUCAAAGAACUGGCACGCAAGUACUUGUAACAGCUAAAAUACACUUUUUUUUCAAAGCCAGGAAACAUACUUAUUUUUAAAGAUAGUUCACACCUGAAUAUUUAACUGCAGCCAGAGGGAUGUAUAUUUUAGUGGUUUGUUUUGCAGUGCAAAAUGUGUAUAUUUGUUUAUAAUCAGCAUCAUGUAUAUUGACUUUUGAUAUGUGUAAGUUCAAUGGAAAUAUUAAACGUUUAUAAAACAUUA